AUGCAUACGAUGACCACCACCCGAGGAUCACGGGCAGACCGCCGCAACGGCCACGGCGACGACGACGACGACGGCGACGGCAAGCUGCUGGAGAUCACCUGCGACGGGACCAACACCACCGCCUUCUCCGGCACAGUUCCCCUCGCCGUAGGCAGGGAGAUGGAAAAUACUCUCCACGGAAGCGGCAGCGUCGAGGCUAGCGGUAGCGCGGCGGCGGCGGCGGCGGCAGAAGCAGGAUGGGGCCGACGCCGGACGUCCUCCCCGGAGGGAGAGCGGGCGGAGGACCGUUCCGGAGGCCGUUCCAGGGACGGUUCCGCGGACCUGAUGGUCUCGAUGAGGCAGCUCUCGAUACUGGGCGCCUUGGCGGGGGUGGCUGCCGUGGCCGUCGACUACGAGCACGGUAUGGCGGGCUUCCUCUGGAUUCAGGACUGGGCCGGAGGCGCCGCGCCGCACUUUCCCCCGCACGCCGCCGCGGACGGCGCCGGGCAGGUGCACCUCACCCCCCUGAGGAGCGUUGCCACGGGACUGGGGGCCGGGUUCACGCGGGCCGCGAGCAGGACGCUGACGUUUCCCCUGGACACGAUCAAGACCAGGAGCCAGCUCUCGAGGCUCGGGGCGGAUGACCGGGCGCUGCUGCCGACGGAGAUGCGCCGGUUAGUUGACGGGCCGGCCACUUUCAAGGGCGUUUUCAAGGGCUUCUCGGCGUUUCUAGCCCAGGCGGGACCCUCGAACGCCGCCUUUUUUCUCUUCUACGAUUCGCUCAACGCGAUCGGGGCGGCCGCCAUUCUCGGCGGAGACGGCAGCGGCGGCAUCUCUCCUUCCCCUUCGUCCUCCUUGUGGCCGACCGCGCUCCAUCUCGGGGCGUCCUCCGUAGCCACUGUCCCGGCCAACCUCGUGCGGACGCCCGCAGAGGUGGUGAAGCAGAGACUCCAGGUCGGGCGGGAGAGCGGAAACUCUCUGCAGGCGUUUCUCUCUAUCGUGAGGGCGGAAGGGGUGAAGGGGCUCUUCGUGGGCGGAAAGGAGCAGCUCCUGAGGGAGAUCCCGUUCAACGCGGUCCAGUUCACGGUGUACGAGUGCCUGAAGGCUUCCCUUGGCAGCUCGGAGCUUUGGGCGGAUGCCGCCCUGGGGGCGGCCUCCUCGGCUGCCGGGGCUUUGGCCACGCAGCCGGUCGACACCGUCAAGACGCGGGUCAUGACCAAAAGCGUCCCAGGGUCGUUAGGUGGGGAUUCCCCGGGUUUCCUAAAGUCUGCAUCCCUGGUGGCGGAAGCGGAGGGGGUGACCUCCCUCUUCUUGGGCCUGUUGCCCCGUCUGGUGCUGGUUAGCACCGGCGGGGCGUUCUACUUCUGGGGGCAGGAGUUCGCAUCUCAGCUCAUGAGCCGGGCGGGGUUUUGAUCCGAAUUGUGAUCCAUGUUCACGAAGGCUUUGUCCGCCUCGCCUCUCUCCCCGCAGUCAGGCCCACGCCGAAACGGAGCACUCCUGUCCUGUAUAGACCCAAGCCUUGCUGGGCCGGAGGGCGUGCGUUUAGCUGUGGUUUUAUUUGCCCAUCACAGUAACCAACAGUGGUAUUGGAAAUCGUCCGCCAUUUUUACGAACUGGGGUCAAGGCAAAAAGGGACGGGAAUCCAAACAUUUCCAUCUCCUACGUGUAAUAUUGUAAAUACAAAUGCAUGUCUUGGCCUUUUACCCGUUCCAGACCUCGGAGAAAGUUUUCCGUCGUAGUGUGUGUUACCGCUGCACCUGCUCGUGCCUUGUCGGUACCUGUUGAUUGGUGUCCCGCUAGACGGGAUGUGAGCUGGUGGUGGAAGGGAGGAUUUCUCUUCCAAAGGCUUGCCUUGGCGGCGAUCGAUGGGUCGUGGUGGUUUGUGUUGUGGUGGGACGGCAGUGUAGGUAGGGUAUCAAAUUUACCAAGUAGGGAGUAGUCACUUCCGAUGUAGGUGGGCUACAAUUUCCCGAAUGUGUUGCUUCCAAUUUUGGCGCAGAAAGUGCAGGCGAGUUUGUAUCUCGUGGUGGUUGGCUAGCAGUGUAGACGCUGCGAAUAUGCCGAUUGAUAUGUAUGUUGUGUUUUUGGUCCUCUUGAUUCAACGCAGGUUGUUACCAAGUAUUAGUGCAGAGUGCUGUUCAGGUUUCUUGCCCAGCUUCUCAGAGGUCUGGGCACUACAAGAGCCGAAGGGUGUGUGUUGUUUCUCGCGUUUUCUUGCUUGUACUUGGGGGCUGUCGUUGCCACAAUCUCAAUUCGCAGGUAGGACUGUUCUUUGCGCUUCGACGUAAACGAAGGUUGCCCAUGCUU